AUGGCUGCAGAAACCGCAUCAUCCCUCCCGCCCGACCUGUUCGACCAAACAACGAUAAUCUCCCUCCUCUCAACCCUCGCAAUCGUCUUCGCUGCGUACGCCACGUCUCUCAAGGUCCUCCCUUCGUCGACCUCGGGAACCCUGCGCUUCCUCUUCAUAUGGCAUCUCGCCGACGCGCUGUGCCACUUCCUCCUCGAGGGCAGUUUCCUGUACCACUGUUUCUUCUCGCACCAGCCGCUCCUCGCUGAUGCUAAGACGGACCUGUUUCCUACACCUGCUGGGUUCCUAGGUUAUGGCGAUCGCGUAUAUGGCGCGCAGUCCGGGGGCAGCAAUCCGUUUGCUCAGCUGUGGAUGGUCUAUGCGAAGGCUGACAAGAGGUGGGCUGGUGUGGACUUGGGGGUUGUGAGUCUGGAGCUGUUGACGGUGUUGUUUGAUGGGCCGUUGGCUGUUUAUGUGUGCUAUUGUCUUGCCAAGAAGGAUCCCAAGGUUAGCAUCUGGAUGAUUAUCCUGGCUACCUGCGAGCUGUAUGGAGGCUUCAUGACUUUCUGCCCCGAGUGGCUCGUUGGAAGCCCCAACCUCGACACGAGUAACUUCAUGUAUCUCUGGGUCUAUCUGUUCUUCUUUAAUACUCUGUGGGUGUGGAUUCCACUGUGGAUUAUUUGGUACUCGGUCAAGGACAUAUCAAAUGCUCUAAACGUGCGCCAGGGGAAGAAGAACAUAUAG